AUGUUCCCUAGCCCUGUGACAACCACCCCCUUCUCGGUGAAGGAUAUUCUGAACCUGGAGCAGCAGCAGCAGAGCGGCCUGGGCUCCAUGGAGCUGGCGGCUCUGGCCUCCCCGUCCUGCAUGCUGGCCGCCUUCAAGCAGGAGGGGUUCGGCACCGACCCCCCGGCCCUGCCCGACCUGCGGGAGGAGCUGCCCGAGCCGCCCCCCCCAAAAACCGCGGCCGCCUUCCCCGGCUCCUUCUACGUGAAAAGUUACGCGGAGAUGGACUCGGCCAAGGAGGCCAAGACGGACAGGAAAGAGCUGUGUUCCCUGCACAAAAGCCUGGAGCAGGAGAAAAGAGACCUGGACGAUCCCGAGCGCCCCAGACAGAGGAAAAGGAGGAAACCUCGCGUCCUCUUUUCUCAAGCCCAAGUGUACGAACUGGAGAGAAGGUUCAAGCAGCAGAAAUACCUCUCGGCCCCCGAGAGGGACCAUCUAGCGAACGUCCUAAAGCUCACCUCCACCCAGGUGAAAAUUUGGUUCCAGAAUCGAAGGUACAAAUGCAAAAGGCAGAGACAGGACCAGACGCUGGAAAUGGUGGGGAUCCCUCCCCCGCGGCGGAUCGCGGUGCCGGUGCUGGUGCGCGAUGGGAAGCCCUGCCUGGGGGAAUCUUCCCCCUACAGCUCGCCCUACAAUGUCAGCAUUAACCCCUACAGCUACAACGCCUACCCCGCGUACACCAACUACAACAGCAACGCCAACUACAACUGCAACUACCCCUCCAUGCAGCCCAUGCAGCCCUCGGCGCCCGCCAACAACUUCAUGAACUUCGGCGUGGGGGACUUGAAUUCGGUGCAAACGCCCAUCCCGCAGGGCAACGCGGGCAUCUCCACCUUGCACGGCAUCCGAGCCUGGUAG